AUGCGUGAAGACCUCAUUUCAUCAGCUAUUUCAUUCUUAUCUGAUCCCAAGGUUCAAUCUGCUCCUUUAGCAAAGAAGGUCUCUUUCUUGGAAUCAAAAGGAAUGACCUCUGAAGAAAUUGAGGAAGCUAUGGCCAGAGUCAACGGGAAGAGUGCCGCUGUUACGACUACGACAACCACUGUAGGUAAUCCACAGCCAGGAACAGCCAUGUAUCCAGCAGCAGUACCACCACCUCUCCCCACUAGACCUUCUUACGAUUGGAGAGAUAUUUUUAUUGCUGCUGUCUUAGCAGGUGGUGUUGGUUACGGUGUAUGGACACUAGCAAAGCGCUUGUUUGGUCCUUGGUUUCAAGUCCCAACACAAAAGGAGCUGGAAGAGGAUAAAGAAAAAUUAGAUGCUCAGUUUCAAGCAGUGGAAGAUUCCUUGAAAGAGAUUAAAGAUCAAACAAAUGCUGCGCUUACAACUGUGGCUUCACAAUCUAAAAAGGUAGACGAAUCACUCGCUAGUCUCGAGACUGUGCUUAAGGAUUUAGAAGAAUCUGAUGCAAAGAGAGAUGAAGACUUUAAGAAUGUAAAGAAUGAUAUAGAGUCCUUAAAGGAACUUGUGCCUAAGGCAUUGGAGCGUAAUAAAGAAGCACAAAAUGCAGUUUUGGUAGACCUUCAAAGUGAAAUGAAAUCGUUAAAAUCACUUUUACUCAAUCGCCGCACAACUCCCAACUCGCUUGAGCCGGCAUCAAGUGCACCCACCUCUCCUGCUACAGAUGGACUAUCUUCUCGUCUUUCUGCUACAUUAAAUGCUGGUGGUUCUCGUGUUGGUAUUCCUGCCUGGCAAAUGGCUGCUACCCAGGCCUCCUCUUCUUCAAAUAGUAACAAUACCCCAUCUAGUAGCAAUGCUGAGGCCUCUACUUCAGCCAAUGACGGUGAAAAGAAAUAA